AUGAGGGCAUCUUACUUCAGAAUAUCGAAAACUCUGACAGUUUGUGUUUGUCAAUUUAUCAGGCCAACAGCAGCUUUUCAAUCGGCUCUAUAUUCGAGUGAUGCGGGAAGAAUCUUCGAGGCGGAAUCAAAACCAUCAGUGGCCGUCGUCGGUGUGGGUGCAGUAGGAGGAUAUUACGGGGCGAGAUUGUGGGAUUGUGGUGCCUAUGAUGUCAAGUUUCACAUGCGUGGAGAUAACUUUUCACAAUGCAAAAAGAACGGCCUCGACGUUAAAUCAGUACAUGGCGACAUCCAUAUUCCUUCCGAUCAGCUUCAAGCGUAUACGGAUACGAGUGAAAUAGGGAAGGUGGACUGGGUAGUUGUUGCUCUAAAAUCGACAUCUUUGAAUGCUAUACCUUCUCUAGUUUCGCCACUGCUGGACCCGGAAAGAACUAGAAUCAUUGUUAUUAUGAAUGGCUUGAUUGAAAAUGACUUGAUAAAAAUGUUAAAAGAAUUCCACGGGGAAAACGUGGACGAUGAAGAACUGAAUUUUUGUAAAGCUCUAUACGGAGGGAUGGCGCUCCUAUGCUCCAAUCGUGUUGCUCCUGGCUCAAUCGAACACUCGUUUGCCAGUCUUUUAUCCUAUGGAGUCGCGGCUCAUUCGGCAGACACGACUGUUAAGGAGAGUUUAGACAACUGUCAAGAGUUUUGGAAACCUGUCAAAAACGUAGAGACUCGCCUAGAACUGUCGCUGCUUGGGGGUCGAUGGAGAAAGAAUGUUUGGAACUUACCAUUCAAUGGAAUCAGCGUGGCAAUGGGAGGGAUAACAGUCGACAAAGUGGUUGAAGAUGAAGGAUUGCGAAAGUUAGCUUACGAAGUCAUGGAUGAAACGAUUGCAAUCGCAAAUGCUGAACUAGAGAAGCAUGGCUAUGACUCGUCUCUCUUUCUCGGAGAUGAAGAUAAGGAGAAGAUGUUCGAUCUGAGUGAUAACAUGGGACCAUACAAAACAAGCACCAUGAUCGAUUUGACGGAAAGAAGGCCAAUGGAGGUUCAAUAUCUGUUUCAAGAACCCUUGAAAAGAGCUCGUUCCUUGGGGGUCGAUGUUCCUCACCUGGAGACUAUUGUUGCACAAAUUUGUGCCCUCCAAAAGUGGCAUGGACUAUUCUAG